CCGGGGAAUUCGCUCACUGGGGAAAGUUGUGAGGGAGUUGGCAACCUUUACACGACCACUGGAUGGCCAUCUGAGAGAUGCGACUGGAGCGCGUUUGAAGGGUAAAUGCCACAUCCCCCGCACAAUUCCUCCGUCUCUUGUUUACUUCUCAUCUCAAUACGACUUAAUGACCAUCAUCGUUACAUCAACACUGCUAUAGUCUUGUGAAUAAUUAUAACAUCGCCAGUAACUCAUCAUGGUAUCCACGCGCCAACACCCCAAGGACUUUCCUGAGCCUGAUCUCAGCCCAAUGAAAGCCUCGCCGCGCGCGACGCGCAAAGCCAAAGCUGCGUGGGCGCAUACCCCGUCGAACCUCGUCUUGGUCUGGCUCGCCAUUUCUCUCCCGCUCGUCCUUUGGGACGCAGGUUAUGUUCUUCUUCGCCCGCACUCCAUGCCGGGCGGGAAGUAUCACUGGCCGCUCUGGGCGCCGUACGAGCUCUAUGGCAGGACAGACUAUAUUUAUGGCUGGAAGGCGUAUAAUGAGAAGAACGGCUUUACUGCUGCGCAGACAGUCAUGAACCUGAUCGAGACUGCCGGGUACUUUACCUACCUCUGGCUCGUCUUCAACUUCGGAAAGCAGUCGGUGGCGCAUGGGCGCGGUGCGCCCAAGAACGCGGGAUGGUUAGGACAGCAGAGGACCUUGACUGGAGAGAAAGCUGCAUGCGCUGUCCUUGUGGGUUAUAGCUCGGCGAUCCUUACCUUGGCCAAGACGAUGCUGUAUUGGUUUAAUGAGUACUACUCUGGCUUUGAGAACAUCGGCCACAACACCUUGCCAGACUUGAUUCUGCUCUGGAUCAUUCCCAACGGCGCUUGGCUCGCCCUUCCGAGUUACAUAUCAUAUGUUAUGGGAAGUGAGAUCCUCGAGGGCCUGGCCGUCGCAGCUGGAUCUGCAAAUGACAGCGGAAAGAGCGAGUAAGGUUUGUAAUGACUCUCGACGCUGGAAUCAUGAUAGGGUAUAUAUAUGGAUACCCAUACGUAUAAUUUCUUAGACACACGCUUGGACUUCGGGUGGCUGGUAUUAUAUUUAUGAUUUAAUAUGCCAGUGGAGUCUGAGUUUACUACUCGAGGCAUAGAUUUCGAGAAGGCGCCCUGUGCUCCGGAUGCAUCAGGGUUGCAAGUUUGAUUAGUGUAAAUCUGCUGGGUCAGAAGAUUGUUCAAAUAAUUGCGUCUUAAAUACACCGGCCAGUCGUUUACGAUGCACUGUUGAGACGACAAUAAUAAUAAUUACUUCAAAGAGA